ACAUAACACAAGAAGAGAGAGAAAGAAAGAAUGAAUGAAUAAAUAAUCAUGCACUCUCUUUCUAUUCUUCUUCUUUCUAUCAUAACAUAACUAUGAUAUCAACACCAUAUAAUAAUUAAUAGCAAUAAUUUAGUAAUACUCUCUUCAUUGUCAAUUCCAUCUUCACUUCACUUCACUUCUCUGUUCUGUUGAAUAUUCAAUCAUUCGCAAAACGCAUACUUUUCUCUUCAUUCUCAGCUUUUUUCUUUCAUUUUUAAUUCUCCGUUUUCCAAAUCCAUGAUUGCAUCUCGCCGCUGCGAAACCGUUCCGCCACCGUCGAUUCCCGAUCUCCGGUGACCCGAAAAUGCUCCCUUUCGCGCAUCCGAAUCCCACCAUGGGAAGCCGCAACAACAACAACAACAACGCCACCGCCGAGACGGUUUUCGCCGCCGCCAACGCCAUCGUCGCCGCCGAAUCCAGAGUCCAACCCACCGACGCGCCGAAAAAACGUUGGGGAGGCUGCUGGAGCCAAUAUUGGUGUUUUGGAUCUCGUAAGAGCAGUAAAAGCAGCAAGCGAAUUGGCCAUGCCGUCCUUGUUCCAGAACCUGCUGCUCCAACAGGUCCAGCUGCUGCUGCUACUGCAGCUGCACCAAAUCCUUCAACCGCCAUUGUAAUGCCGUUCAUUGCCCCUCCAUCUUCUCCUGCAUCUUUUCUCCAAUCUGAUCCACCAUCUGGUAUUCAAUCACCACCUGGAUUACUUUCACUCUCUGCUCUUGCGGCCAAUGCUUACUCUUCUGGUGGUCCUGCAACCAUGUUCACCAUUGGUCCAUAUGCCUAUGAGACCCAGUUAGUUUCUCCACCUGUAUUUUCAGCCUUCACAACUGAACCAUCCACUGCUCCAUAUACUCCCCCACCUGAAUCUGUGCAGCAAACGACACCUUCGUCCCCUGACGUUCCAUUUGCUCAAUUGUUGGCAUCUUCACUGGACCGGGCUCGCAAGUGUAAUGGGCAUCAGAAGUUUCCAUUAUACAAUUAUGAAUUUCAUCCUUAUCAACAAUAUCCUGGAAGCCCAGGUGGCCAGCUCAUAUCACCCGGAUCAGCAUUUUCAACUUCUGGCACCUCAACCCCAUUCCCUGAUAGACCCCCUACUCUUGAAUUCCCCAAAGGGGAAACACCAAAGAUCUUGGGUGUUGAACACUUCUCCACCCGAAGAUGGGGUUCUAGACUGGGAUCUGGAUCAUUGACGCCAGACAGUGCAUGGCAAGGUUCAAGACUAGGUUCGGGAUCCUUGACUCCUGAUGGUGUUGGGCUUGCUUCGCGAUUAGGCUCUGGGUGUGUGACACCUGAUGGUCUGGGGCAGGAAUCCAGGUUAGGUUCUGGCUGUUUGACACCUGACAGUGCUGGGCCAACCAAUCAAAACAACAUCUCUGUGCAAAACCAGAUUUCUAAGGAAGCAACUCUUGCAGAUUCAGACAAUGGACAUCCAAGCAAUGCAACAUUGGUUGAUCACAGAGUUUCAUUUGAAUUAACCGGGGAAGAUGUUGCCCGGUGUCUUGCAAAUAAAACUGGGGUAUUGCUUCGAAACAUGUCAGGGUCUUCACAAGGUAUACUGACCAAAGACCCUGUUGACAGAGAAAGGGUGCAAAUAGACACCAAUAGUAGCUGUAACGCGUGUACAGAGAAAACUGACGAUAAGCCUGACAAUCCUGUAGGAAAAGGAGAGCAAUGCCUUCACAAGCAAAAUUCUGUAAAUUCUUCCAAAGAAUUCAAUUUUGACAACAGGAAAGGUGAUGUUUCUGUUACUACUGGCAGUGGCUAUGAGUGGUGGACUAACAGGAAGGUUGCUGGGAAGGAAGGUAGAUCAGCCAACAGCUGGGCUUUCUUCCCAAUGUUACAGUCAGAAAUGAAUUGAGGUUUUAGUGUAUUGCAACAUGACUUAACCUGUAUGGUAUAAAAGCAAAAAGGAUUUUCCAUUUCUCUGCAGAACCUUUAGUAUACUGAAAUGUAUAUUUGAAUAUUUGAAGACCUUAUCUUGAAUGCUGCUGUUCAUCAUAUACCUUUGAGGAAAUUGUAGUAAAUUGAUGAUUGGAUAAGACUCAGAUGAACCAACAGUUGUUAUAUUCCUUGAGGACCUAAAGUAGAAUGCAAGGGGAGCAUAGUGGUAGUAGGUAGGGACCAAUAGUGGGUUAUAUUAUAUUUAUAUAAUUGUGAAACAUUACUUCUUGCAUUUCAUCCUUUCAAAUAUACAGAAAUAGCAAAGUACAGGUAUUUCGUGUUGUG